UUCGCCUACUAAUAAAACGUUAAAAGUCUAAUCCGGCGCGGUAAAAAGUUGCAAUUUCUUCAAAAAAUGUUGAAAAUGUUAUUCGGAUCGAAAAAUACUCCGGAAGACAGAAUUGAAAGCAUUGAAGCUUUCGGAAUCGUAUAUUUUUCGUUGAAGUUUCAAGGAAUGCUUAUAACGGAAGACUAUCGCCUUCGACACAAAAUACAUGUUGUUACCAAUUUUAUUUUUACCAAUAUUUUCUACUACUCCUCAUUCAUCAUCCAAUUGUUCUUCGUAAACAAUUUAAGGCAAUUACUGGAAAAUAUUCCUAUGAACAUUUGUGUGACCGCUUGCUCCAUUAAAUUCCUUGUAAUUCUGAGACUAAGACCCAGCCUCAUCGAAAUGAAUAAACAGUUGAAGUGUCUGGACAGUCGGCCAAUGACGGACAAGCAAAAAGAUAAAUUGAGGAAGGAAAUCAAAUUUUGCAGAAUUAUUUCAUCGGUGGUUUUCAUAUUCUAUUUAGGGGUGAAUUUUGCGUAUGUCCUUGCUGCAGCACUUUCGCACGGCACGAAACUUGGAUUUGAAAUGUGGUUUCCUUAUGAUUGGCAUAAGAAUGCCUUUCGGUAUUGGCUUUCGUUGUCUAUACAGGCCGUAUUUCAGCAGCAACUGGCGCUGCAAAAUGUAGCAAAUGAUUCCAUUGGGGUUUUGUAUCUUUGUAUAUUGAGUGCUCAUCUGCAGAUAAUAAUGGAACGGUUUGCACACAUUCACUAUGAUCCUGAGAAAACGGAGGAGGAAACUUUGCAGGAUUUUAUACGGUACCUAGAGGAUCACCGUGUUAUAAUGGACCUCUUCGAAAUAAUACAGAAAACUCUCUCCUUUACAAUUUUCAUUCAAUUCAUCACAUCGAUCCUCGUAUUUUCAACUGCCGGUGUAGUAUAUCUCAGAUUCUCACCAUCAUCAACCGAAACUGCGGCAGUAUUUAUAUUUAUGGUGGCGGAAAUUUCGGAAAUCUAUCCAUCCUGUUACUAUUCAAACAAGUUUAUGGAAAAAACGGACCAGAUGGUAUUCAUGCUCUACUCGUCAAGCUGGAUGGACUUAUCACCAAAAUACCGAAAAUAUCUUAUUAUAUUCAUGCAAAUGACGCAGGAAAAGAAAAUUAUAUUGGCUGGAAAACAGAUACCAAUAACUUUGACAACUUUCAUGUCGGUGAUAUUUCAGCAGCAACUGGCCGUGCAAGAUGUAGCAAAUGAUUCCAUUGGGGUUUUGUAUCUUUGUAUAUUGAGUGCUCAUCUGCAGAUAAUAAUGGAACGGUUUGCAGAUAUUCACCAUGAUCCUGAGAAAACCGAGGAGGAAAGUUUGCAGGACUUUAUACGGUGCCUAGAGGAUCAUCGUGUUAUAAUGGACCUCUUCGAAAUAAUACAGAAAACUCUCUCCUUCACAAUUUUCAUUCAAUUUAUCACAUCGAUCCUCGUAUUUUCAACUGCUGGUGUAGUAUAUCUCAGAUUCUCACCAUCAUCAACCGAAACUGCGGCAGUAUUUAUAUUUAUGGUGGCGGAAAUUUCGGAAAUCUAUCCAUCCUGUUACUAUUCAAACAAGUUUAUGGAAAAAACGGACCAGAUGGUAUUCAUGCUCUACUCGUCAAACUGGAUGGACUUAUCACCAAAAUACCGAAAAUAUCUUAUUAUAUUCAUGCAGAUGACGCAGGAGAAGAAAAUUAUAUUGGCUGGAAAACAGAUACCAAUAACUUUGACAACUUUCAUGUCGGUAAUGAAGGCCAUGUACACAGUGUUAACGGUCAUGAACCCAUCAGAGUGAGGAACGGUAACCACAUCUCUCAGGGAAGUGCAGUUUGCCUCUACUUUUACUUUCGGGCACUCAGUGAUUUUACAAAAUGUAAUAUCAUUUGUAGUUUUCAGUCAAUAAAAUAAAACAAGUCGGGAAGCCGGAAUGUUUUAUGUUUCCCUAUGUGAAGAAUUUUGUGUGCAUGGCAGUUGCAUCUGCAAAAUAAUUAAAAUUCAAUUGGGCUCAAUUUUUUGAAAUUGUUAUUUAUGCAAAUAAUUUGAUCUGGAGGGUGGUGCAUCGAUAAUAGUCAACUUCAUGCGCAUCACACUAAGAGUUCAGCAUUAUUAGCAAAUGUGAAGAAGUUCACGUAAACUAGAUACAAACAAGUCGGGAAACC